UUAUUAUAAAACACAUUCAGACGCAGAUUCAGAAGGACUGUCGCCCAGUUUAAAACUACCACCGUGUCUUCACUGCGCCUGGAACUCCUCCAUUGUCACCAACGAAGCUGUCAAAGGCAGCGCCCAGUCGCGUCGCGUCGUUUCUCUGAUGUCCGUGAAUACUUCCUGGUCCAAAGUUGUGUGUACACAAAUCAAAGUCAGUUGAGAGCAUAUAGUGGGAUUGUGAACUCACAUUACGGAAAUACACUUCAACGGACACACACACUUCUGUAAACUGAGGGACAGAGAAGAGAAGUUAAAUAAUUCAUUCCUCAGUGCUGACGCUUUGCAAACAUGAUACCAGCAGAUGAACAUCAUUUACGCAAUGGAACCCUGAAGUCUCAUUCUGACCAGAAACAACAGGGCAGCAACAAUUUGAAAAAUGGAUAUCACGCAACUGAAAAGGUGCAGAAAAAUGGCAAGGGAGACGGUUUUCAUCAACCUCAAGUUAGGGGUGAAGAUUCAUUUGAGGAGGCCCCCAUGUACGUGGCUGUCCUGACAUACAUGGGUUAUGGAAUCGUCAUCCUAUUUGGCUAUUUCAGGGAUUUCUUAAGAGCUGUUGGCUUAGAGAAGUGCCAUCAGGCCCAGGAGAGAGAAGAGCAAAAGGACUUUGUUCCCCUUUACCAAGAUUUUGAAAACUUUUACAAACGGAACCUGUACAUGAGAGUCAGGGAUAACUGGAACCGGCCUAUAUGCAGUUUACCCGGUCCGGUUUUUGAUGUCAUGGAAAGGGUCUCGGAUGAUUACAACUGGACUUUCAGGUUAACAGGGAAAACCGUUGAGAACGUCAUAAAUAUGGGCUCCUACAACUAUCUGGGUUUUGCUGAAAACAAUGUCGACUUCCUGAAAACCGUAGCAGAGGAGACCAAACAGAACGGGGUGGGCGUCUGCAGCACAAGACAGGAACUAGGCAACUUUAGCAUCCAUGAGAAACUGGAGCGACUUGUGGCGGAGUUCUUGGGGGUGGAGUCUGCAAUGGCGUUUGGAAUGGGUUUCGCCACCAAUUCCAUGAACAUUCCGGCACUAGUCGGAAAGGGCUGCUUGAUCCUGAGCGAUGAGCUAAAUCACACAUCCCUCAUCCUGGGAGCCAGGUUGUCGGGGGCAACCAUUCGAGUCUUCAAACACAACAACUUGGGCAAGCCGCCCAUGGGUGUCAUUACCAGCAUGAUGUGCAGCUCUGUGGAGGUUCUCCCCGAUGACGCCUCUGUCUGCAUCUCCCCUGCAGGCCAGCGAAGAGUUCGGCAGCUGUCUGAGAACAUGCGCUACUUCAGAUCUCGGCUGAAGGAGAUGGGCUUCAUCAUUUAUGGCAACCAGGACUCUCCAGUGGUACCGCUCCUGCUCUAUCUACCUGGGAAAGUUGGGGCGUUCUCACGGGCCAUGUUGAAGAGGAAGAUUGGUGUUGUAGUUGUAGGUUUCCCGGCUACACCUAUUACAGAGGCCAGGGCUCGUUUCUGUGUGUCUGCCGCCCACACCAGAGAAAUGCUCGAUAAGGUUCUCCAGAGCCUUGAUGAACUUGGAGACCACAUCAGGGUGAAGUUCUCCCGUCACAGACCUUCUCAUCGGCAGGAGCUGUAUAAUGAAACAGACUUUGAACUGGACAGCUAAUCACUCAUCGUCAUCACCGUGAGUGUGG